AUGACCCGCAAAGGCUAUACCAGCCAAAGAAUUGACAUCCUGCGCCCGCGUGAACCCCAAGGGCAGGAGCGGGCAGGGGUGCCCACCUGGCUGAAGAAGACCGUCGCCGGGUUGCCUGGGGCCACCGUCUGGGUCUACCUUCCAGCGGGCGGGCGGCGACGCGCGGCCCUGAAGCCGGCCCCGCCCGCGGCGCCCGAACCCCACAGGGCAGCCCUGCGUGCCGGGGCGCUGGGAAACCGGUUCCCGGGCCUCUCCCAGAAGGUCUGGGGCGAGGGAGGUCCGCACGGCCCUACCCCACGUGCUUGUGAGCGCUCGUCCGCGGGUGCAGUCGCUGCGGGGGCACAGGCGGGGGCGCCCGUCGCGGGCCGGCGGGAGGGCGGGCGCGCAGGAGCCCCGGAGGCCGGGACAGACGCGAGACCCGCGGGCGCCGGGGCUGUGCUGCUAGAGUCCAGAAGUUCUAGGCUAGCCCGACCCUCCCACGCGGCCACCUCCGGCCCGCCCCGGCUCAGUGACGUGCGCACGCACACCCCUCAGGCACACGGAGGCCCGCCCGGCGCCCCAGAAUUGCCCCCAGACCUCCCGAGUGCGCUGCGGCCUAACCCCCCCUUGGGACUCCCCCUUACCGCGGCCACACGCCCCGGCCUCUCUCCCGCCGGCGGCUCCAGACACCGGACACCGGUACCGGACACCGGACACCGGACACCGGCCGCCCGCCCGGGCCGCGGUGGAGGGGGCCCUGGGGAGGGGCGCGGGUCGGCCUGGGCCCAGGCGUCGCCGCGGGCCUCCCCCAACGCCCCUCACCCCCGCGCCUUCCGCGCUCCCCCUCGAGCCCCCCCGCCCCCCGUCCCUUACAACACACACCCAGUCUUCUCGCCCUCCCUCGCCCACCCCAGGCACCUACCGGUGCAGGGCCCUGCGCUCGCCUUGGAGGUUGACGAAGCAACACCACGUCCACUUGGGCCGCCAGAAGCUGUCGGGGAAGGAAGGGAGGGCAAGGCAGAGGUGCCCGCGAGCCGCACAGGCUGGCUGGACAAACACUCCGGCUGA